CACACUACUGAGCAGCUCAGUGCCAGUUUCCUGCAGCAGAUAUCAAGCUCAGCUCCUUCAGCGCUGUUCAGGUUCUAUUGGACCGACUGUUGGAUCUGUGAGAAAAACUCCUUCCUGUUUGUCUUUCCACCUGUAAAAAGACCCAGCAGCAGCAUAACUCCCAGACACAAGCCUGGUCCUGCAGGGAAACACGAGGUGAAGAUCCAGAGGGGGUUAGCUGAUGUGAAUUUGGCAGCAUGGAUCAGUCAAAAGAAAAACACAAGAGAUUUCUUCUGUUUAAAGACAAAGAGAGCAAGCGGAAAGUUCCAAGUUUAAAAAAACCUUCAGUCAAGCUGUCAGCUGAACCUGUUCCUAGCCAAGCGUCCUCUAACCGGAGGUCAACAUGUCUGACCUGGUGCUGGCCUGCCAGCAGCGCUCCAAGACCAGAUCCUGUUGAGUCUAAAUGUGUUCCUGAAUGUAAAUCUGCAUCUAAAGAUAAAACCAAAUCUGCUGUAAAGGCCGUUCCACUUAAGAAGACGUCAAAGGAACAGGAGGAGAUCUGGAGCUCCAUGUGUCCACCUGGGGACAAGGAUACUGAAACCAAGCUUUGGCUGAAGAAGUCUCUGGAAGAUCUGGGAGACAGGGAGCUGAAGUACUUCCACAAGUACCUACAGACCGCGGAGAAGUCAAAGGACGGCUUCAAACCAAUUAAAAAGAUUCGUCUGGAGGGUGCGGACAGACUGGACACCGUAGAUCUGAUGGUCCAGGUGUACCCAAAAAAGACCAGAGUGGUUGGAGAGAAGAUUUUGGAGAAAAUCAACAAAAAUAAAGGAAAUGAGGUCCAUCAGUGGCUUUUGGACACUUUGGACAAGCUGGACGACAGGGAGCUGAAGUACUUCCACUGGUUCCUGCGAUCUGCAGACGAGUCAAAAGAUCAAUUCAAGCCAAUGAAAAAGGAGCUGGAGGAUGCAGACAGACUGGACACAGCAGAUCUCAUGAUACAGACCUACACCACAAACUCCAAGGAGGUCACAAAGAUGAUCCUGAAUAAGAUUAAGAGCAAUAAAGGCAAAGUUAUCCCUGAAGCUGAGGAGCAAAUGAAGCCAUCUUCUCCAGCUGCUGCAGAAGAGAAAGAGCUCUCCAAGGUGCUGGACCAGUUUGUUCAGGAAGCUCCAAAAGAAACCUUGACCCAACUCUCACAGGCUCUUGUAGCGGAUGGUGUGUUGAAGUCCUCUGAGAAGGAGACCAUCGUUGAGAAGAACCACACCAGAAUGAACAGAGCAAGCUGCCUUGCUGACACAGUGAUGGAUAAAGGACCUGGUGCCUGUAAGAAGAUGAUUCAUCACCUUCAAGCUAUUGAUGUUCCUCUUUCCACAAAGCUGGGUUUGUUCUCUGGUCCAUUUGCUCAACAAGAUCGCUCUUCACCAGAACCCAAAUCCAAACCUGCAUCUGAACCAGGACCAGGUGUUGUUAAACGUUUACUUGGUUUAGCUGCUUCUAAAGACUCCUCUGCUAAUCAAAAAGCUGAGGAGCAUCUAGAAGAAUGCUGGCGCCACAUCUGCCCAGAAGGGGACAGUGAUGCUGACUUAAAGCAAUGGCUGAAGGAUUCCCUGGAAGAUCUGGACAGCAGGGAGAUGAAGUACUUCCACUGGUUCCUGCACACUGCAGACACGUCCAAGGACGGCUUCAAACCCAUCAAAAAGAGUCGCCUGGAGCAUGCAGACAGGCUGGACACCGUAGAUCUGAUGUUUCAGACAUACACCACAAACACCAGGGAGGUGGCAGAGAAGAUUUUGAAGAAGAUGAACAAAAAUAGAGGACAUAAUUUCAAAGACUGGCUUCUGGACAUAUUGGAAGAGCUGGACAACAGGGAGCUGAAGUACUUCCACUGGUACCUGUACUCUGCAGACAAGUCCAAGGAUGGCUUCAAAGCCAUCAAAAAGAGUCGUCUGGAGAGUGCAGACAGAUUGGACACGGUGGAACUGAUGGCCCAGACGUACGCUGCCAACACCAAGGAGGUCACCAAGAAGAUUCUGGAGAAGAUUGAGAACAGUAAAGGGAACGUGAUACCUGAAGUUGAAGAACAGAGUAAUCCAUCUUCUGCAGCUGCUGCAGAAGAGAAGGUGCUCACCAGGAUGCUCAAUGACUUUGUGGAGAAAGUACCAAAAGACACUUUCACCCAACUCAUGGAGGCUCUCAUAAGUGCAAACACCUUGAAGGCAUCAGAGAAGGAGAAGAUCCUCCAGAACCACACCAGAGUAAAUAUGGCCAGCUGCUUUGUUGACAUUGUAACGGAGAAAGGAACAGAUACCUCCAAGGAGGUGAUUACCAGUCUUCAAACCAUCAACCCUCAACUCUCUUCUGAGCUGAGUUCACCUUCUAGUCAAGAUAACAAGGGCAAGAAACAUCUCUUUGCUGGCCUAAGGAAAAGAAGGUUGCUGUCUGAGGAACAGGAGGAAUGCUGGGCCCAGAUUUGUCCUCCUUGGGAUAAAGACGCUGAGUUGAAGCACUGGCUAAAGGACUCUCUGGAAAACCUUCGAAACAAGGAGGUGAAAUAUUUCUGCUGGUACCUGCGGACUGCAGAUGAGUCCAAAGACGGGUUCAGAUCGAUCCGACGUUGCCGCCUGAAGCACGCAGACAGACUGGACAUAUUGGACCUGCUGUUGCAGAUGUACCCUGCAAUGACCAAGGAGGUCACUGAGAAGAUACUGGUGAAGAUCAGCAGCAAUACAGCUCUGAACUGGAUUCUGGACUUAUUUGAAGAGUUGGGUGACAAGGAGCUGAAAUACUGCCAGAUGUUGCUGCAGAGAACAGACAAGUCAAAGGGUGGCAUCAAAUCCAGAGAGAAGGUGGACGCAGCUGAUCUGAUGAUGCAGAUGUACAGCUCAGACAACAGGGAGGAGGUCGAGAAGGUUCUGAAUGAGCUCAAGGAGAGCACAGAUGAAGUUCUAUGUGAAGAUGAGCAGCAGAGUAAUCCAUCCUCUCCAGCCGCUGCAACAGAAAAAGGAGUCAGGAGCAUGCUUCUUGACUUCAUAAAGAAGGUGUCCAAUGAAACCCUGGAGCAGCUCUUGAAGGCCCUGGUCACUGAUAAGGUCCUGACCACCUCAGAGAUGAAAUGUGUUCUUGAGAAGAACCACACCAGAGUGAACAAGGCAAGCUGCUUGGUUGACAUCGUGUUUGAGAGGGGAGUUGAAGACUGCCAGAAGGUGAUCCAUCAUGUUCACAGCAUUGAUCCAGCUCUUCACACUGACCUGAAGAUCUCUCAACAGGCGCUGUUCAAACGUCUUCGAUCAAAGCUGAAAGAGGACGGAAAAACAAAGGACGAUGGAAGAGAAGAGGAGGGAGAGGAGGAAGAGGAAGGAGGAGCAGCAUAGUCAUGAUUAUAGCAGCCAGUGGCAUCUCCUGUCAGCUAGAAAAAAGAUCAAAUCAGCCGUUUAAUGGUUCUGGUGGCAGCUUAUGUUUGAUUUUCCCAACAUUAAACUCAUAGAAUCCAUCAAAGCAUAAACGCACCGUCAGACCAUGAACGCACCGUCAGACCAUGAACGCACCGUCAGACCAUGAACUCACCGUCACACCAUGAAAUCACCGUCAGACCAUGAACGCACCGUCAGACCAUAAACGCACCAUCAGAACAUGAAAUCACCGCCAGACCAUGAACGCACCGUCAGACCAUGAACGCACCGUCAGACCAUGAACACACCGUCAGACCAUGAACUCACCGUCACACCAUAAACGCACCGUCAGACCAUAAACGCACCAUCAGAACAUGAAAUCACCGUCAGACCAUAAACGCACCGUCAGACCAUGAACGCACCGUCACACCAUAAACGCACCGUCAGACCAUAAACGCACCAUCAGAACAUGAAAUCACCGCCAGACCAUGAACGCACCGUCAGAACAUGAAAUCACCGUCAGACCAUAAACGCACCGUCAGACCAUGAACGCACCGUCAGACCAUGAACACACCGUCAGACCAUGAACUCACCGUCACACCAUAAACGCACCGUCAGACCAUAAACGCACCAUCAGAACAUGAAAUCACCGCCAGACCAUGAACGCACCGUCAGAACAUGAAAUCACCGUCAGACCAUAAACGCACCGUCAGACCAUAAACGCACCGUCACACCAUAAACGCACCAUCAGAACAUGAAAUCACCGCCAGACCAUGAACGCACCGUCAGAACAUGAAAUCACCGUCAGACCAUAAACGCACCGUCAGACCAUAAACGCACCGUCACACCAUAAACGCACCGUCAGACCAUAAACGCACCAUCAGAACAUGAAAUCACCGUCAGACCAUAAACGCACCGUCAGACCAUGAACGCACCGUCACACCAUAAACGCACCGUCAGACCAUAAACGCACCAUCAGAACAUGAAAUCACCGCCAGACCAUGAACGCACCGUCAGACCAUGAACGCACCGUCAGACCAUGAACACACCGUCAGACCAUGAACUCACCGUCACACCAUAAACGCACCGUCAGACCAUAAACGCACCAUCAGAACAUGAAAUCACCGUCAGACCAUAAACGCACCGUCAGACCAUGAACGCACCAUCAGAACAUGAAAUCACCGUCAGACCAUAAACGCACCGUCAGACCAUGAACGCACCGUCACACCAUAAACGCACCGUCAGACCAUAAACGCACCAUCAGAACAUGAAAUCACCGCCAGACCAUGAACGCACCGUCAGACCAUGAACGCACCGUCAGACCAUGAACACACCGUCAGACCAUGAACUCACCGUCACACCAUGAAAUCACCGUCAGACCAUAAACGCACCAUCAGAACAUGAAAUCACCGUCAGACCAUAAACGCACCAUCAGAACAUGAAAUCACCGUCAGACCAUAAACGCACCAUCAGAACAUGAAAUCACCGUCAGACCAUAAACGCACCGUCAGACCAUGAAAGCACCGUCAAAUAUUUGAUUUCAUUAAACUGACAGAAAUGAGCUUUGUUAAUAACUGGAGAUCCUGAUGAUGUGUCACAUUUUAUUAUAAAAACAUGUUUUAAACAUUAUUCAGUGGAAUUAAUGACAUGUUGUUAAUCCUGCAGUUUAAACCCAAUUAAUCACAACAUUUUCUCCAUAUGUCAGACAUUUAUGCACCGACCCUCUGAACAGCAGCUGAGACCCACCGAAACGGAUUUCUUUCAAAUCCACUGUAAUUAGCUUCAUUAAUGUGUAAUUAGUGUUAAAUAAUGAUUCUUCAUGUAAUGAACAACAACUACUGGGUCAUAAUCGCAUCAGUUUUGUAGAUAUUCUGUUAUUUUCUUAUUAUUACGGCACAACAUCAAUUCAGAUCAAUUAGAAGACAAUUAGAUAAUCAUUACUCAUCUUUAUAUUAGGUCCCUGGACUUUUAAUUUUUGUCCUUAAAAUGGACCGGGUCAGAACCUGGGAGUUCCUUGUAAAACAGAAGAGUUAGCCUUCUGUUCUACUUUAAAUCUCCAGAGUAACACAGUCAAAUAUUGAUAUAUAGAACAAGAAGAUGACUUAGAUUCAGCAUGUCCAUGUUGAGUUGUGGGUCAGAUCCAGAACCUGAUGGUGGAGGUUGUGGUGGAGGGUAUUACUGCUAAAUGUUUUCUAAUCCAAGGUUGAAUGAUUAAUGGUUCUGGUGUCAUUUGGCUUUUUGCUGUGUUAUAUCUAAUGUAUCACUGGAAUAAAAGAAUAAAUCUGAA